UGCAAAGCAUCUGAAUGCCAACAGUAUUUCUGCAUGUCAAACAGCACAACAGCAAAACACACAAAUAUCAAAUAAAGGAAGCAAAUGAUGUCAGUCAGGAGGCCUUCACCCUAGUGCACUGAUUGUCUAAAGUGAUUUCAGGUGUGCACCUGUACCAGGCAGCAGGGCUGGUGGCAGUCUGCAAGCUGGAGGGAGGAAGGAGUCUUUUCUUUUCCCUUUGCUCUUUGUCCAGCAGUUACCAGCAGCAGUGGACCCAGGCUGGCUUUUCUUUUCCCAGUGGGCAGCAGUGUGAACACACUGGCCUGGAAAUGACUACUAGCACUGCUGAUUUCAGAAUAUCUUCUGGCAAAGUGUUGCGGUUCAUUCGGAGCCUGACCCGUAAGAAGCCACUGGAGCCACAGGGAGAGGUGUCCAACUUCUGUCGAUGCCUGACCACCUUGGACCUGGUGGGUCUAGGUGUUGGCAGUACACUAGGAGCUGGUGUCUAUGUGCUGUCAGGAGAAGUGGCCAGGGAAGUGGCCGGCCCCAGCAUUAUCAUCUCUUUCCUGGUCGCAGCGGUGGCUUCAGUCUUUGCAGGGUUGUGCUAUGCUGAGUUUGGAGCCCGUGUUCCUAAGACUGGUUCAGCUUACCUUUAUAGCUAUGUGACUGUAGGAGAGGUGUGGGCGUUUGUGACUGGCUGGAACCUGCUGCUGUCCUAUGUCAUUGGAACAUCGAGUGUUGCGAAAGCUUGGACAGGGACAUUUGAUGACCUGAUAGACAAUGUUAUUGCUGAAACUCUGGGAAAAGAAACACCCAUGGACUCACCUGGCUUGGCUCCAUACCCAGACUUCUUUGCUGCUGGGCUGAUAAUGUUGCUCGCUGGGAUACUUGCAUAUGGUGUGAAAGAGUCUGCGGUCCUGAAUACUGUUUUUACUGCAGUAAAUGUAGCUGUGUUGCUUUUUAUCAUCAUCUCUGGCUUCAUUAAAGGAGACAUCCACAACUGGCGCAUUAGUGAGGAGACCAUCCUGAAUGCAACACGACAAAUGGAAAACCUGACAUUGGCACAAAAUGAAACUGUUAACUUGGGUGUUGGUGGCUUCUUCCCCUUUGGCUUUGAUGGCACUUUGGCGGGAGCUGCAACCUGUUUCUAUGCUUUUGUUGGAUUUGACUGCAUUGCCACAACAGGGGAGGAGGUGCAGAACCCCCAGAAAGCUAUACCUCUUGGGAUCGUCACAUCCCUGCUCAUCUGCUUCUUGGCCUACUUUGGCGUUUCAGCUGCGCUGACACUUCUGAUGCCCUAUUAUCUGCUUGACACCCACAGUCCUCUACCUGUAGCCUUUGAAUACAUUGGUUGGGAGCCUGCAAAGUAUGCUGUGGCUGUGGGAUCCCUUUGUGCUCUCUCAACAAGUCUUCUUGGAGUGAUGUUUCCAAUGCCAAGAGUGCUCUUUGCUAUGGCAAGAGACGGCCUGCUCUUUAAGCCCCUUCGCUACAUGAGCUCUAGGCAAAGUCCUGUCUUCGCCACAUUGUCUUCAGGAGCUGUGGCCGCAUUCAUGGUCCUGUUAUUUGACUUAAAGGCACUGGUUGACAUGAGUUCAAUUGGGACCAUCUUUGCCUACACUCUUGUUGCAGUGUGCAUUCUCAUAUUAAGAUACAAAGAAGACAGUGGUUUUGUCCAUAGUUCAGAACCAUUUACAGUAAUGGGACUGUUGAGGCCUCCUUCAAGACCUACCCAGCGCACCUCUAAAAAUGUCAACAUAGUCACCAUCAUUAUUUUGUUCCUGGUUAUCGUUUUAAGCUUGGUGUUGUCCGAGGCUUUGCAUUCCCUCCAGAGGCGAGAGUUGUGGAGUGUGCUGCUCGUCUUUGUCCUUGUGCUGACACUGGUCUUCGCUGUUGUUAUCAUCUGGAGACAGCCACAGAGCACAACUAAAGCUGCUUUCAUGGUUCCCUGUCUACCUGUAGUCCCUGUUUUAAGUGUCUUCAUGAAUACCUAUCUGAUGGUUCAGUUGGGAGGAGAAACUUGGAUCAGCUAUGCUGUUUGGAUGGCAGUGGGCCUGAUCAUCUACUUCGGCUAUGGGGUUCGUCAUAGUGUCCAAAAACAAAGGCUGCGGGAGGCUCGCACCCAGCUAAAUAUUGCCAAUGUAAACAGUAAUGUUGUGGAUUCUGCUGCUUGAGAUUGUAUCUUGAGUUGUGUGACGUACUGCUGUCCACUUGCAUGGAUCAAGCAAAAUAUAGGUUAAGCUGAUCAAGGAAUCACCUUGAAAUCUUUUUAGUAUUUUAUACAAGAUUCAGCCAGAGUUGAAAUGACCUGAAGUACUUGAAGUAUCCCUUGGUGCAUGUUUUUAUGUGAACAAAUGCUUAGUUAAAAUUAUGCAAAAGAGUAUGUGUUGUACCUAAAAAUGUAUAUUAUAUAAUGUUUAUUAUAUAAUGCUGUGUUACUUGUCGUUUUAUCCAUUAUGGCUUGAUCACUCAUUCAAGACUAUGUAGUCAUGGAUAGUGCUCUGAAAUGUCAGUCUUAGACAAUGACAAAAGUUUUAAAUGUUGAUCAAUAAGUUAAUUUAAACAUGUAAGAAAAAUUGUAAUAAAUUUGUAAAAAGUCA